AUGACCGAGAGUGGAAUCGCCUACAUAGCCAGUACUUUAUUCAGCUCGACUCCAGCGUCCUACAACUGGGGGGGCACUCUUAACGGGUCUUUCUGGAGUCUUCCUGAUGACCCUCGCCGCCUUACGCGGCUGACACUUAUCUCCGUGAAGCGCUAUACUCACAGCACCUUGUCGUCGAUCCAGGCUCUCCAGCUCACCUAUCAAAAUAGAUCUUCGCACAAUGCAGGAUCCGGCUACCACUGGAGCACCUCGAGUGAUUUUCACAUGGAUGAUGAGAACGACUUCCUCCAAAGUGCGACAUUUUCCAGGGAUAUAAGCUACGGCUUUAUCUCCUAUGUGCGUCUGGAAACCGCGAAGGGAAGAAUAUUCGAGGUUGGUAACAGACGUGGGGAGACGAAAACGUUCAGUGCGCCGAAAGGCUGGUCCAUUGUAGGGUUUCAAGCCGACCAUGGUAGGAUGUAUAGGCUCUUCAAUGUAAACGCAUAUCUGACUGGCAAGUUUGGGGUGAUCUAUGGACCUCGUGUGUGCGCUUAG